CUGCGAGGCCGCGUCUCUCUUGCGCCUGCGCGGGCGCUCGAGGCGGGCGGGGGCUGAGCGGGCGCAGGGCGGCGGCGCGUGCGCGCUGAGGAGACGGAGAUCUCUCGCGAGGAAGGACGCCAUUAUCGCAGCCGCCCGACAAACACCACGAGAAUUCGGCACGGCACACGGGUUGCAUGUCUCGUAAAACGGCUUGUCUGGGGGCCUGCAGUGGUGUUUGACUGGAUAUUGCAACCUGGUUCUGAAUGAUGUCAGAACAGGAUUUGGCAGAUGUUGUUCAGAUUGCUGUUGAAGACCUGACUCCAGACAACCCAGAGUGUUGGGGUUUCAGAAGCCAGUGGAUCUGUCGAAGCAGAACAGCUGAUGUGGCAACUCUGCUUCCUCACGUUGUGUUGGCGAAUCAUGAAGUGACAGACGAUGAUGUAGAGCCCACUCUGAAACGUCAGCGCAUAGAAAUUAACUGCCAGGAUCCCUCUAUUAAGUCGUUCCUGUGUUCCAUUAAUCAGACAAUAUGCCUGCGACUGGAUAGCAUUGAGGCAAAGUUGCUGGCGCUAGAGGCUACCUGUAAAUCACUGGAAGAGAAGUUGGAUCUUGUCAUGAACAAACAGCAUAGCCCCAUCCAGGUCCCCAUGGUGGCAGGUUCUCCUCUUGGCGCUACGCAGACCUGCAAUAAAGUACGAUGUGUCGUUCCCCAGACCACAGUAAUACUGAACAACGACCGGCAGAAUUCAAUUGUAGCCAAGAUGGUUGGGCAGGAAGAGCCAUUGAGCAGAGCAGCGGAUUCUCUGGAAAAUAUCCUUAGCAAUGCUGUUCCUGGACGUAGGCAGAACACCAUAGUGGUGAAGGUUCCAGGGCAUGACGACAGUCACAACGAAGAUGGAGAGAGUGGCUCUGAGGCCAGUGACUCAGUAUCCAACAGUGGACAAUUAGGAAGCCAAAGUAUUGGGAACAAUGUCACCCUUAUUACGCUGAACUCUGAAGAGGAUUACCCCAACGGGACGUGGCUCGGAGAUGAAAAUAACCCUGAGAUGCGGGUCCGUUGCCCCAUCACCCCUGCUGACAUGCUGCACAUCAGCACCAACUGCCGCACGGCCGAGAAGAUGGCACUGACGUUGCUCGAUUAUCUCUUCCAUCGGGAAAUUCAGGCCAUCUCCAACCUUUCAGGCCAGGGGAAGCAUGGGAAGAAGCAGCUCGAUCCUCUCAUGAUAUAUGGAAUUCGCUGUCAUCUCUUUUAUAAAUUUGGAAUCUCAGAGUCUGACUGGUAUCGGAUCAAGCAGAGCAUAGACUCCAAGUGCCGAACAGCUUGGAGGAGGAAGCAGCGGGGCCAGAGUCUCGCCGUGAAAAGCUUCUCAAGGCGAACGCCUUCGUCGUCGUCUUACAGUGGUUCAGAGGGUCCUCAGAGCUCGGUGUCGGCCUCGAGCGAGAUCCAGCAGAACCAGCCCCAGGCACUACACUACGCACUGGCCAACGCCCAGCAGGUUCAGAUCCACCAAAUAGGAGAAGAUGGACAAGUCCAAGUAAUCCCGCAGGGCCAUCUCCACAUAGCCCAGGUUCCUCAAGGCGAGCAAGUCCAAAUCACGCAGGACAGCGAGGGAAACCUGCAGAUACACCAAGUGCACGUUGGGCAGGAUGGGCAGGUGUUGCAGGGCGCUCAGCUGAUCGCUGUUGCCUCUGCCGAGCCUGCAUCAGGAGGUGUUGAUGGAUCCCCUCUGCAAGGCAGCGAUAUCCAAGUGCAGUAUGUGCAGCUCACGCCAGUGACAGACCACUCUGCCACCAGUCAAAAGUUUUCCAGUUAUUUUGAUCCGCAGUCUGGAUUUCCCCCGGGAGCUGCAAUGUGUGCAAUUGUAAGUGAACACUCGAUGGUGUCAGUUAAGGUGGAGGAGGUGUGUUUUAUUUCUUUUUUAAAUCAGUUUGAACAGUCACGUGCCUGAGGCUAGAACCAGCUCAAAGCCAUGCCUGGUGGCAGUACAGGAAUACAGUACAGCAGUUGCCAGAGAUUUUUCUGAAGAUGAUUACAUGUUGUUCCAUGAACCCUGUGGGCACCUUCUCUAGAGGAUGCCUAGUGCUUGAGAAAUGUGUUGGCUUACCAGCCAGAAUAUAAUGCCAUCCUCAGCAGCCAAUCUUAGAAGGGAUUUUUGUCUGAUAGGUACCCAGUUUUGCAGAGAGUUCUGAUCUGGCUGCAAACAUUUGGGUGUUGGGUCUCUUGACUUGCAUAAGAAAUGAAGGAGGUCACGUUCCUUCCCUAGGUUUGUCUCUGUUGCCAGUGCUCUCAGGCCUCCUCAGUCACUGAUUCACACUCACUUGUAAUAGUGUGCCAGACAUGAGAGUGCUGCUGAUGGAUCGUGCCUCAUUUCUUGCAGUCGUGCAGUACCAAGAGUGCUGCUGGUCCAUGCAACUAAUAAGGCAUGUAGGCAUCGGAUAGCGAGAGGUGUUUCUCUCCUGACAUGCUGCUUUCCUCACUCCAUGCCUUGGAGAGUCUCAAAUUCAGCACCCACGGGCUGGGUCUGUUCCUGGAGCCUGCGCUCCCCCCUUGGCUCCCACCUCCCGUGGCAGGAGGCUGUGGUUAUAAACAUCAGCAUCCGUCUCCCACACGACUGGCAGCCACCAGAGGAGCUACUUCUCUCUUCAGGGACACUUUGCACCGUGUUAGGUUUUAAUAUUGUGGUUAACCACAGAUUUAUACAGAGCUGAAGAGAAACAGAAAAGGAAUGUGAAAUAAGAAAAGUAUGAAAGGAAAAACAGACUAAAAAUAAGUUUGCCAUAAAUAUUUCCUCCGUUUACACAAACUGAAAACCAAGGAUCUGAUAAUGAAUUGGAGAAACCAACGUGGAAUUUGCGCUACUCGGAGUUGCGUGGAGAACUGUAGCUUUUUUGGCUAACGUGGAACAGUCCUACAGCAUCUUAGGAAGAUCUUCAUCAGAAGGGAGAGGUCGUAGAGAUAUCUCUCACCAAGGCUGGAGCAACGAUUGCAUUCGUGGGCUCCUUUGCCGAGGUACUGAGAUGUUCUCAAUGAUUUUGAAUCUGUUUAUCAAUCAGAGCUUUGCAAAGUGGAGUUAAUUGUCUGCUUGUGUUGGAUGCCAUGCCCUAUGCAAAUUCCACGCUUGAAAACACUGCAAGUGUGAGUUUGUUGAAUGCCUGAAAACAAGGCCUCCUGUUCUUGAGAGCUGUGCCUGAAGGUGGCAGGGAGCUGUUUGCAGUGAGUCCCUGCUCUGACUUCAGCUGAAGCCCACAGUGGUGCACGCUUCAAUUCAGCAUUCUCAGUGCGAUGCGGGAUUUUGCAUUUGCAAAUUGGCUGCAGGCAGAAGUGUGAAUUGCAAGUAUUCCAGAAGUCUCUUAGUUCCCCUUACAGCACAGGUAUAAACACAAGCUAUCCAUGUGCCAACAUUCUUUUGCAGGCAUCAAAUUGCAAAUGCACUUACAGAAGCAUCGUUUGAGACCAGAUGUGUUUUGGAGAUUCAGGUUUAAUGAGCUUGUUUUCUUAUCUCGCUAGCAUUCUUACUUGUAACCACUUGCAGAAUUUAGGGAUACAAAACGUGACAAAGAGUCUUUGGAUUAAUUCUGUGCUCAGAUUUCCUAUGUUGGUGGUAAACUUCAUCAGCUUUGGAAAAAGCAUAACUCCAAACCUGAAUUGUGCUUCUGUCCCCUUUGGGCAGUCUUCUAUAUUAGUCUGAAUUUUGGAUAAAUAAAAAUUUUGGAUAAAAGCUUUCUUCUAAUGAGAGAGAAAACUCAUCACUUGAAGACUUUUACCUGCUAACAAAUGUAGCAGUCUGGUAGAAUUAUUCACUGCUUCGACUCUCAUCUAUUGACAGUAAUCUAUUGACUCCAAUUUAUUGAACGUGUAAAUAAACGCCGAAUUACCUCUAAAGCGGGACGGGAACAGAUCUUGUAGCAGUGUGCAAUUACUGGCCAUAAAUCAGAGAGAUGGAGAGAAGAUUUCCCAGCCCGGUCGUCACGUAGAAGCGGCGCCCUAUAAUUUUGAACCUCCUGUAUUUUCAUUCGAGUAAAUAACCCGUGGCUGCUGGGCAAACCCUAAAGGAGAGGAAAGCAGGUUGGGUUUCCGCCCCUGCUUCUUUGUGGCUCAUUGAGUGUCAGCCCCAGGCUGAGAGCGCAGAGCAGGGCUGCGGGGAAGACGCUGUCAUAAAAGAAGAAUUUCCACGGAAACACUUCUGUAUCCAGGACGUUACAUAAAGCAUCGAUUAGAUGAAUUUAUGGAGGGAAAAUCCAUCCAGAGCAGAUCUCCGGAAUCUGUGGGAGUGUACAGGAAAAUACCAUUAAGCGCUUGCCCUUUUCUCGGAGUUUAUCUGUGUUUGUGAUAUUGGCUGCUAUCAGGGGAAGGAUUAUUGGGUGUGAGGGACUUUAUCCAAGCCAGUACAGCUGUUCUGAAAUGCUUCUCAUUUUAUAGCUUUAACGACGCAGCGUGCUCGAUAAUCUGGUUUUCCGUACUCGGGCUAACUUGGUCGAAAAGGCGAUUCGCUGCAGGAUUACCCCUUCCCAGCACUGUUAGUACUGCUGCGUGGCAACUCCGUCUUUGAUGAGACCUCCUAUGACUGGUUUUACUCUAAAUGCUGUCACGGAGGACUGCUUAGGCUUGGAAAGUGGGGAGAGCCUGAGGCCCUUAGGGAGAAUUUCGAGGAAAAAGAAUAUUGGUAGCAAUGUUCUCAUUUGGCACAGAGCAUAGAAGAACUGCAGUGGGUAAGGUCAGAGGUCUGCUCAGCCCGUGUCCUGAAGCAGCAGGGAAAAUGAAGAGCACAGAGCAAACAGAUAAUCAUACUGUGAUAGUUUUGUCACCCCAGGACUUGCUGGCCUUGCUGUGAUUGCCACGGAUGGGUUUUUCUUCCAUAGCACCAUUCAGCUCCAGCCCACGUGCCCUGAGCCGUCAGAAUGUGCUGGAGUGAGACCCCUGUCUGCUUGGGCAGCACACAGCUUUGGUUCUGGUUCUCCUUACAGGUGGUUCCUCUCUGGGAAGAGACAUUUAAAUAGGUUUUUUUUUUCUUUGCUAUUUGCUCUCUUUCUGCCACUCAUGAUGUUAUAGGUCCUUGUUACGGUUUUGUUCUUUCAACCUCCUCUUUUCCAACCUGAAGGGCAUUAGUUUUUGUAUGGAAGCUGUUCUGUUCUGGCCAUUUUUAGUGCCUUCGUAAGCACGCUCCUAUUUCAGCUCUGUCACAGAGCUGAUAUUCACACAGAUAACGCUCUGGUAUAUGGAAGAACUUUGUAUUAGUGUGGUUUGUUAGCAUUCCUUUGGCUGCAUCAGCGACAAACGUUUGCGCAUCCAUUUCCUGAUCUCACGUUUCCUCCUGCAGGGCACUGACACCCUCCAGUCAGCAAUCCAACCAGAAAUGCAGAUAGAGCACGGAGCCAUCCAAAUCCAAUAAGGAAGUGGCGAAGAGCUGCACGAGCCGAGGUGUCAGUGAGCCACGGUGGGAAAUGAAGUGCUGCAGUCGUCGUGCAACCCCGGGAAGGUGGACUCGUAGACUGACGGUCGCUCCCCUGCACGUAGCAGGUUUCUGACCAUCUGUUUGUGCUCAGCCAGGAUAAACCAGAGCCAUUUGCUGCAGUUGGAGCUGCAUCGCUGCGUCUGUUGAGAAUAUGCCCCUCAGAAAAAAAAAAAAAACAAAAAAAACAUGGCCCGCCCUUAGGUAUAUUUAAGGAGGAAAGAGUCGUUUUGGGAAGAAGUCUAAUUAAUCGAAACCGUGAGACUUACAUUAAUGUUCCAUCCUGUCGUUUCUUCUGUGAAUUACACCAUUUGAAUGUCUGCAGAGCGUCUUAGGAGGUGUAUUGCUGCUUCGCAAUACUUGCUGUACCACGCAUCGAAGAUCAGGAGCUCCAAUAUUUUUCACCGUUCAGACAGCUUUUUUUAUUUGCUGUGCUGUUUAUAACAAAAAUGGAAAAUAUUUAAAAAAAAAAAAAAAAAAAAAGAAAAAUUCCAUAACUGCAAGUAUUAGCCUUUUGCUGGUGUUUUCUGUUCGGUGUAAUGAAAAAUGUAUUUGCAGAAGACUAACAAUUUUGUUUGUACUGUUGCUUAACUACUUUUCUAGGGGAAAAUGCUUUUAAAUGCUGUAAUUAUGCAUUUCUAAUGAAAAAUAAAUGUGUAUUUAUGAAUAGU